UAACCAGUCCAAAUGAAAUGGAUUCGAAAGAAGCAUCUCCCGCGUUUCAAACAGUCAAAGAUGUCGAUAUAUCUAAAAUAGAAGCAAUGGUAACACCCGAACAAGUUUUCAGUGCAAGUGUGGCGCGAAAAAGAAGGGUUUUAACUAGAAAGCAAUCCUCAUACGCUAACAAACGCCGGGAACAAACUCCAUGUAGAGAUCUGCUUGAUGAAAGUGACAGAAAUGACGAAAUCGAGGAAAGUGUUGAAAUCCGGCACACAACACCCAGACGACCACAUCGAAAAAUUAAAUCGACCGAAAGAAUUGUUAUGUCAACAGAUUCGUCUCUCAAAAGUGGAGCUUCAACUCCAAGUCUGGAAGGUAGGAAUAGUGUGGCUAAAAAUUUUUUGGAAGAUCUCAAGGAUAAAACUGAAAAUUUGGCUGAAUUGGCACAAAACGAACUCAAUACCUUGAUCAAUAAAUCGAAGAAGAGCUUUUACUCAGCAGCUCAGCAUGGUCGUCGGUUUCAAAGGAAAAAAAAGCAGGAAGAAACCAAAAGAAGUCAAUCAGUUCCCUACCAGUUCACCGAAGAAGAACUUAUUGAUGGUCUCCGUAAAAAAAACCUUAUAAAUGGUGUGAGAAAAAGCUCUUCUUUCAGGAGAUUAUCAAAUUCUAGCCUGAAAUCUGAUUGUCCUGAAAUGGACGUUGAGGUAUCGAAAACAUUCAGACCAGAGGUUCAAGAAAUCAUUCGAAAACGAAGAGAAAUGAGAUUAAGAAACAAAUCAAACAUUUCUAAUAAAAUAAUAGAAGUUUUGGAUCCAGCAACUAAAGAUAUUAUUUGUACUAAAACUCUCAUAAAAGGACAUGUUGGUCUUAGGGAGUUAUUCUUAGUACUUAAAAUAUUCAAAAUAGUUGAGAUACGAAGGGAAUAUAAAAAAUUCAAAGAAGAAAUGCGGGUAGAAAUGGACAGGAUAAAAGUUCUCCGGAAUAGAUGUUUCAAUGAACUAUUCGUCGUCAUUUUAUUUUGUGGAAUAGGAGGAUUUAUCUUCAAAUUCACGGAAGGAGCCUUCGAAAACUUCUACAAAUGUGGAGUAAAAAGAGUGAAAAGAGACUUUAUUGAUCUUCUGUGGGUAAGAAGCCACAGUAUGAGAGAGGAUGAGUGGAAAUCUUUAGCGAGAAAUCGUCUUAGAAUUUUUGAGGAAGAACUGCAUGCUGCACAUGAAGCAGGAAUGACAAGUUAUAGUGGACAAAGAUCGUGGAGUUUUUUAAAUGGCAUUGUAUAUAGCAUUACAGUUAUAUCAACCAUAGGAUAUGGACAUAUUUAUCCAACUACGAUGACUGGACGUGCCUUAACUAUAGUGUAUUCCCUGAUUGGUAUACCAAUAUUUCUACUCGCACUUACAGACUUCGGUAAACUCUUCACCAGGUGUAUAAAAUUUUUAUGGUCUUUCGUAAGAAGACUAUAUUACACCGGCAGUUGUAGAAAUGUUCGAAAACAAGCGCAAGUUCAGGAAAUCUUUAAAGGAGCCCAAAUGAUGUAUGAUAUAGCAACUUUCAGACGUCCUUCGGCGGUUUGGGACCCGGAAGAUCCUACAGCUGUUGAAACGCCACAGGAAACUCCAACUACACCGGCAAUCUCCAACUUCGAAAUAGACGAUGAAUUCAAUUUACCCAUUUCAGUUGCCAUAUUUAUUCUGCUCAUGUAUAUAUUUUUUGGUGCCUUCUUCUACGGCUACAUGGAAGGAUGGAAUUUUUUUCAGUCGUUCUAUUUCGUUUUCAUCUCGAUGUCUACAAUAGGUUUCGGAGAUCUGGUACCAAAUAAUCCCCUAUGUACAAUAAUCUCGAUAGUAUAUCUUGUUUUUGGACUCGCAUUAAUGUCCAUGUGUAUCAAUGUGGUGCAGGAAAAAAUGAGUGAUACUUUCAAAUCAGCCUCGGCAAAGAUAGGCGCUUCUCUAGGAGUAACUGUAGCUGCAGAAGAUGGUAGUAUUAUAACAGUUCCUCGUGAUACAAUAGAAAUGCCACCAGUACAUGACUACACUGCGGUAGAAAAAUCUUAUGAUGGCAUAAACGAAGAAGAAAAAACGAAUAAAAUUAGUUUUGAAGAAGAAAAAAGAUGAACUGAAAUGAGAAUAUGAAUAUCCAUACAAAUACAUGUAAUUCAAUUUACGCUGAUGACAUUUAUUCCUCAUUUUCAAUCUAUUUAUUGUUAAUUGUUAUAAAUAUGCCUCAAUUUUGCAUCA